UUUAGUUGAUAAUAAAUUUCAAGAUAAUUCCGUUUUUCAAUAGCACAAAUUCAUGUUCCGUAAUAAUUUCAAAUUAGUGACUUCACCUAAUGUGUACAGAAGCUGUAAAUCAUUACUACAACAUGCCAGAAAGAUGACAACUGAAGAACUGAAAGAGAUUUUUAUGAAAUCAGUGAAAUCCGUAGAGCCCCAACAGCUUAUAAGGAAUGAGGUGAAGUUAUACGGGCACAAUCUAGUGGUGAGAGGACAAACUUAUCGACUGCUCAAGCCAUGCUAUGUAGUAGGUUUCGGUAAAGCUGUACUCGGCAUGGCUACCGAAAUAGAGAAAGUUUUAGGAAAUCAACUUGAGAGGGGAAUAGUGUCCGUGCCAGAAGGAAUAUUCGAAAAGUACCAAAAUGUUCCGAGAACGAAAAUUCAAUAUGUGGAAGGAGCAAAGAAUAAUUUACCCGACGAAAAUGCCUUGAGAGGAGCAAAAAUGAUUCAGGAAUUGGUGGAAGGUUUAACGGAAGCAGAUUUGCUCAUUGUACUUGUUUCCGGUGGAGGAUCCGCACUUCUUCCUUUACCAAUACCACCAAUACUUUUAGACGAGAAACAAAGAGUCAUAAAAGAAUUGUCAAAACGAGGAGCUGACAUUUACGAACUGAAUAGCGUCAGAAAACGAAUUUCCAUUAUGAAAGGAGGGGGUUUGGCGGAGUUGGCCUAUCCGUGUAGAGUCGUUUCUCUAGUGCUUUCGGAUAUUAUUGGAGAUCCAUUAGAUUUCAUAGCUAGCGGCCCAACAAUACCGAACAGUGAUUCAGCCGAAAGUGCGAGCUCGAUUUUAAAGAAAUACCAUUUAUUCGAGGAAAUUCCACAUUCAAUGAAAAUUGUCGUACAGAAGGAAAAUCGGGUUUCACGACCCGCCGGCAUAUCCAUCUCGGAUGGGGAAUUCGAACACGUCAAGACCUUCAUAAUAGGUUGGUAUUUUUUUGGUAUAGCGGUGAAUAAACUGGAAUUCAACGAUAAAGGAAAUAUCAAUGAAAGUAGGUAUUUGUGAAAGUUGAAAUUAUUACCUUGUGAUGAUUUUUUUGUAA